AGCGAUUUCCCACUCAAGCGGCGACUUGCAUGCCGUCGGCCACUCGUCCAGCCGUGGCAGGCCUUCGCAACUGGGGCACGCCAACCAUGACGCUAUUACUGCUCCUCGGCGGCUCUGCCGCCUUCAACACGCCGCCGCCACUGCGGCCGCCGCUCCGCUCGUCGCUCCUCGCGAUGCAGGUCCAGCAGAUCCCAUCGCCAGCAGAGCUGCGCGCCGCGGUGACUGCCUCGGCCUGUGAGGGCGGUAUCUCCGUUGUCCUCUUUGGCAGCAAGCAGUGCGCCGCGUGCAGGGCUCUGCUGCCUCGCACGCGACGGCUCGCGGCUGCGCGGCGCGACGUCCGGUUCUUCUCGCUCGAAAGCAGCAAGGCGACGGCCGAGGCGUUCCAGUACCACGAGAUCACCGCGGUGCCAACCUUCCUUGUCCUGGAUGCAAGCGGCGCCAUCCUCGAGACGAGAGCCGGGCUCGCCCUUGCGGAGUGGCCGGCGUUCCGCUCGCACGUUGAGGCGCUCGCCGACAGCUGCGACGCGUGGGCCGCUUGACAAGAGGACACUCCCGACCGAGUCCCUUUGUUUCCGCCACAUGGCGCGGCGCUUAAGUGCGCCCGCUCCACAGGCACCCCUCUCCCCCCCUCUCUCUCUCCCGUCUGCUGCUGAGGUCGCGCCGGCGAGAUGCGCUGGCGCGGCGGCCUUCUCCCACCCUCGCCUUUGGGUGGUCUAGUGUCGACUAAUUAUUGUUCGUCCAGGGCAUGUCCGUCUGCGAGACAACGCGAUUGCAUGAGAUUCGGUGCGCGAUGUUGCGCCAGUACGUUUGGGUUUGUCGCAUUGUCCCCAGGAUAAUGAGAUACACACCGACAUAUGUUGUAGAUGCGAGGGUCCGCGCCCCCCCGCCCCUUGCCCCACCACUCUUUGUGUGUGUGGAGAAAUUUACCUUACCUUACCUUAUGUAUAUUGCGUAAAAAAAACGAAUGAAUGGCA